CACGAGAAAGUCCCGCCCUACCUGGAAGGCCUGCUCCCGCGUGAGGCCGCGAUGACGCAUGAGGUAGGCGGUGCAGACGGCGGCCGAGCGGCUGCGGCCGUUCUUGCAGUAGACGAGGCAGGCACCACCGGCGCGCAACGCGGCUUCCAUGGCGGCACAGGUAGGCUCCAGGUUGCAAGCCGGGAGAUCUGAGAGUAGCUGGUGCCUGUCCCCGCGAACGUAGAGGUUUCCAGCUGGUCGGGGCUCGGGGAGGUGCGCUUCUCAAGCUGUGACUGAUGUGCAGAGGAGCAGGCGACCCCGUCACAGAGUCUCAUCUGGGCACUGACCAGUAUCCUCCGCAUCGUUUUGUAGGUCCAGACAUCACCUAUGUAGAGGCCUUCUCAGCAUCCAUUUCCUUCUUCUGUGGCCUAAGGAAGGAUUCUGACUUUCCUGGGAUGGAAUUCCCAUUUUUCCCAGAGUUCCCGGGAGCCAUCCAAGCUCCCACCUCCUCUGGGACACUCCGGAGCUUCCCGGAUGAACGAGCACCGCCCCCCUCCACCAACCACUUUCACAGACUCUGGUGGCAUUUCUCGCCCGUCGCCGUUCCCGUUCCACAGCUUCUCCCGGAAACACCCGCCGCCCCAGCCCAAGCCUUUGCACCAUGAGGGGCUGUACAAAGCAGUUGAACGGUUCGGGCCGGGCGUCGAGACCUACCCAGACGGCAGCCAGGACGUGGGGCUGUGGUUCCACGAGCACCUCAUGAAGCUGUGCGUGGAGAGGCCCGGCAGCUUCUCCAUCCGCAGCUACCCCGAGUUCUCGGGCUUUGUCGCGCACAUGCCUGCCGGAAUCACCCUCUCAGAUGAGGAGAAGCUGGAGUGGGCCCUGCAGGAGGGGCGGGACCCGUUCUCCUACGACCGUAAGCGGUUUCUUCUGAACGACGGCCUCACUCUGCCUCCAGGAACGCACAUCUGCUCCGCUGGCGACAGCCAUCUGCCCGUGACGUCCUCUUUCCGCAGAGACUUGGAUGCCCGCAUCUCUCUCAACGACAUCCCUCCGUUUGCUGAGGACGGAGAACCCUGGUUUAUCAAAAAUGAGACCCCUCUGAUGGUCAAAAUCCAGAGGCAAGCUUACAAGUUCAGGAAUAAGAGGGCUCACACCAGCUGGAACAUGGGCUCCAUCCUGGAGGGGAAGUGGAGUGGCUUCACGCGCCACGGGCCUAAGGAGCGGCUCUCCAAGGAGAUGAUCCUGAAGGCCCAGGAGGGGAAUUACGACUGGAUUUACGGGAUCCUGAGGGACAACCUUGCCAACCCCGAUGCGGCCGGCGCCAAGGGCUACACAGUGCUCGCUGUGGCUGCUGUUCACUGUCACGUUGACAUUGUCAGCCUUCUGCUGGACAACGGGGCCGACGUGAACAAGUGCACGGAUGAGGGCCUCACGCCCCUCAGCAUGUGCUCCCUCCUGUACUACCUGACCGGGUCCUUCAAGCCCAAUAUUGCCAAGAGGACGGUGCCCGAGCCCCAGGUCAGCUCAUGGGCCCCCGCGGCCCGGCCGUGGCCCCUGCUGACAAGGGCACCAUGCGGAGGAUGGCACUGUCCAUGGUCCAGUAGGUCGCGGGCUGGUCGCGGGCCCUGGAACCUUUUCAGGGGGAGCUGCGUGCCCGGUUCCACCGGGAGGGCAUUUCUAGACGUGGGUGGUCUGUGGGCCCCAUACCCGCUGGUCUGCAGGGAUGUCCCUGCCUGCGGCCUCUGUGCCCUCCCUCUGGGCUUCAGGGACAGGUGGAUGGACUGGCCGGUUGCCUAGCAUGGGGAUGGAGGGUCUGGAAGUGGAGAGGCACAGGCAGGCGCUCACACUCACUCACCCACGGACACGCACUUAUACACACUUGCCCACACACGGUCACUCCCCAUGACCACACGGAUGGAUACACACACACACACACACCCCGGCACUGGGAAGCUGUCACUGAAGCAGCUGUUUCCCGUCACCAAGUCCUGACGACACACAAUCUCUAGAGGGCCGGGCUCCCCUCACAGUGUGGGCUCUGAUGUGGCCAAGUACAGAUUUUUCCUAAAAACAUGUUCUUUAUAUGAAUAUGCAAUGGGUUGUUUAGUGUUACUUUUUCCAUGUAUUACUAAGUACUUAAACACAUUUUUCAGUCUUAAUCUGUAAGACGCAGACGUGGAUGGAUAGAACCCACGUAAACAAAGCUCUUUGUGGGCCUCAAAGAAGUUUAUGGGUGCCAAGGGGUCCUGAGGGCAGGCCAUUUGAGCACCGCUGCUCUAGCCUGGCCCGGCCCCUCUGCUGCCACAGGCUGUGCGGUUGGUCAGCGAGACCUGCCAGGCCCCCGCCUGCCCCAGCACUGGGCAGUUCUCCACGUUCUGCUCUCCGCUCGCCUCCGCCCUGCCCCACCCCACCCCCAGCCCCUGCAGGCCUCAAGGACCGUGAGAUAACACUGAGCACGUCAGCACACGUGUGAUGGGGCUGAGGGGCGGGGGGGAGAGAGAGAUUGAAGAAUAGUUGAAGAAAGAGUGGCUGAAAACUCCACAAAAGUGCCGAAAAUGUUGAUCUAUACAUCUUAGAAGACAAAGGAAUUCCAAAGGGUAAAUGCAGAGAGAUUCACAGACACAUGAUAGUAAAAUUGGAGAAAUCCAUGGCCCAUGAGAAAAUCUUGGGAGCAAGAAGAGAAAAAUGACUCAUUACGUAUGAGAGGACCCCAUGAGAGUAAUUGUUGACUUAGAGGCUGGAAGAUAGUGGGAUGACAUUCAAAGUGCUAAAAAAAAAAAAAAAAAAUUCAACCAAAAUUCUU